AUGAGCAGUGUCAGGAGUUUCCGACGCGUCCCCAAAGCUUUCCGCGUGCGUUCCCUGCAGCGUUUAAUGAGCUUUCAUGCUCCUGGCCCUUCCCCCGCUGUUGGCCCUUCUGCUGCGGAUGCUUCUGCUGAUGCUGCUGGUGCUGCUGCCUUGGAGGGCACGUGUGUGACUGCACGGGAGGAGCAAGAGGGACAUGUUGAGAUAGACGGUGCAUGCGCACCGAGCGGGCGGGUGGAGGGAGUGAGCGUAAGGCUGGGAGAGGCAGAGCUGCUGGGCGUCACUGGCAAGGCUGCUGUGCUGCCUGCUGUGCUGCCUGCUGUGCUGCGUGUUGUGCUGCCUGCUGUGCUGCCUGCUGUGCUGCCUGCUGUGCUGCCUGCUGUGCUGCCUGCUGUGCUGCCUGCUGAUGGCAAGUCGUUGCUGCUGCUGGGUAUUCUGGGGGAAGUGCCUCACUCAUCGGGCGCCAUGCACCGCUCCGUGCCUUCCCUCGCCUACGCAUCGCAGCAGCCUUUCCUCAUUGAGGGGACGCCUUUCCUCAUUGAAGGCACGGUGCGAGACAACAUCCUAUUCGGUACAACGCUACACAAGGCUCUCUAUGCUAAGGCUCCCCUCUGCCGUCCCAUUUCCCCGUCGCCCACUCCUCCCCUUUGCCCUCUCCUCCCCUUUGCCCUCUCCCCCCCCCCUUUGCCCUCUCCUCCCCUUUGCCUUCUCCUCCCCUUUGCCCUCUCCUCCCCUUUGCCCUCUCCUCCCCCUUGCCCUCUCCUCCCCUUUGCCCUCUCCCCCCCCCUUUGCCCUCUCCUCCCCUUUGCCCUCUCCCCCCCUUUGCCCUCUCCUCCCCUUUGCCCUCUCCUCCCCGCCUCCAUCUCCUCGCCACUCUCUCUCAUUCUGCUAGUUAUCGUCUCUGAACGUCUACCAAUGCCCUCUUCCCCCUCGCUCACUCUGCUGCCCUCCCCCACUCAAGGUGGUGGAUGCGUGUGUCCUGUCCUGUGCUCAAACGUGUUGGACGCCUGUGCCCUCCGCACGGACUUGGCCCUAAUGCCACGUGGCGAUGAAUCAUUGGUGGAGGAGGGCGGCGGCAACCUCAGUGGCGGGCAAAGGGCGCGCAUGUCGCUCGCCCGGGCGGCGUAUGUUGCACUGCACUGCAAGAUGACCUUUGAGUCGACUCUAAAGUCACCCCGGGCAGCAUAUGCCACACCUCAGGCACACACUGAUGGCAAUGGCGGCAGCAAUAGCGCCGUUGCCAGCCACGUGUUUCAGCAGUGCGUGUGUGGGCUGCUGGCAGGGCUGCCCCGGAUUGUCGUCACUCACCACGUGCAGUACCUUGGGAGCUGCCACAGAGUGUUGGUGCUGAACAGCGGCAGAGCAGCGGCGUGUGGCGCAUGGAGUGACCUCUGCGCCCUGCCCUCUGCUCAACAAAACUGCGACAACCCCCCUCUGCCCUUUGCACAACUUCUGAAGCCCCUCAAAGCUUUUGAGGCACCUCAAAGCACAUGGAGUGACAUAUGCACCCUGCCCUCUGCGCAACAACACUGUGACCAUCCCCCUCCGGCACUGGGGCAACCUCUCUCUGGUGGGAGGGGUGUUUCAGACACUGGCUCUGACAGUGCCAUGUGUGCCACUGUCACUGUUUCUGGUACGGUCGUCUGUGCCCCUGUCACCACUGACACGGGUGUGGACGGCACGAUUGCUGAUUCACGGAGCUGCAAAAGCGGCACCACGGUGGUCUGCAGCAGCAAACGUGACACUGGCUCUGACAGUGCCAUGUGUGCCACUGUCACUGGCGGUGACUGUGCUGCUGCUGGCAAUGCAACUGUCACCACUAACACGGGUGUGGACGGCACCGUUGUUCAUUCACAGAGGUGCAAAACUGGCGACACAGCGGGCAGCAGCAGUGGCAGCUGUGUAGAUCGUGGCACAGGCAGCGAGAGAGACACAGAUGCGCCAACAGUCGGCACGAGGGGCUGCAGGGUGGGCAUUCAUGGGGACUCGUCGGUGAGAGGAAGCGAGGAAAGGGCAGAGGUGGAGCAGGCAGAGGCUGCGGCCCUCAUUGGGACAGGGGAUGAGGUGGAGAAGAUUCAGUUGACUAAGGACGGCAUUCAUAGAAACACGUCAUUGAGAGGAAGUGAGAAAGAGGUGCUCUUAGGGACAGAGGCUGAGGUGGAGACAGCGGAGGUGGGGAAGGGAGUGGUAGACGCAUGCAGGGAGGGGGAGCGUGUCUCACUUGAGGACCAGGCUGCUGAGGGCUCGUUGUGCAAGUCAAGAGAAGGACCAUUAGCAGCAGAGAGUUACUCCCUCUUUCGGAGGGGGGAGGGAGAGCAGGAGGAGAGUGGGUCCACAGAAGGUGAUGAGCAAGGCCUGCUGGACGUGGAAGGGUGGCAGCGCGGUGCCAUCCCCCUGUUGGUGUUUUGGGGCUACGCCAGAAAGAUCCGCGUGCUGCCUCUGCUGCUCUUUGCCGCCCUCUUCCUCGCCGCACACGUCUCCAACGCCCUCGUCAGCUGGUUCCUGGGCCUGUGGACAGAGGCGCCGGAAACCACACCGCACCCACUGGUCACGCUGGCAGCCAUCGCCCUGUCCUGUGUGGCCCUCUCCCUCCUCUCCUCGCUGCUCAUCCACUUCGCCGCGCUGCGCGCCUCCUCCCGCAUGCACUCACUUAUGCUUUCGUCCGUGCUCGCCUCGCCGCUGGCCUUCUUCCACCGCAACCCCACGGGCCGCGUGCUGAACCGGUUCAGUGAGGACCUCGGGGUUACCGAUGAUGUGCUGCCCCAGCUGCUGCUGGAUUUUCUGAAUGGCCUCCCAACCAUCCGAGCCUUUUCCCAGCAGCGCCGCUUCCACCGCCUCUUCCUGCGCCACGUCACCGCCAAUGCCACCCCGCACCUAUUCUGGAUCGCCACGUGGGAGUGGCUGGGCUUCCGAUUGGACCUCCUCGUUGCCGCCGCCCUGCUCUCCGCCGCCCUCGCCGCCGUGGCCCUGCGCCACUCGCUGCCGCCCGCCAUGGCCGCACUGGCUUUGUCUUAUCUGCUGCAGCUGCCGGACUCCCUGCGGUGGGCGCUGCAGUAUGGUGUGGAGCUCGAGAACACGGUGAGAGGGGGGGGGAAGGGUGGGGAUUGGGGAACAGCCAGGGGUGAGGGAAGGGAGGGAAGGGAAGUCUUCGGACUCCCUGCGCUGGGCGCUGCAAUACGGCGUGGAGCUCGAAAACACGGUACUGAAGAGGGUGGGGAGGGUGAGGCAGGGGGGAGAGACAAGGGCAAGGGAAGGGUGCUGGAUUCCCUGCGGUGGGCGCUGCAGUACGGCGUUGAGCUGGAGAACACGGUGAGGGGAGGUUGGUUGGUUGGAGGGGGUGCGGGGAAAGUGAGGGACAGAAAGGCUGCCAGACUCGUUAUGGUGGGCGCUGCAUUCACGAGUGUUGAGCGCACACUCGAGUACACCACGCUGCCAGGGGAAGAGCCUACACCUGCCAAAAGUAAAUCCAAGCAUCAGCAGCACAACAAGUGGCAGCAGCUGCAGCAGCAGCAACGACAACAGCAGCAGCAGCAGCAGCAGCAGCAGGAAGGCCCCACCACCAAAUCCUCCGUACCCAGCUUGCUGUUCGGAGCACUGCAAACAGCAAUCAGGCGCCUGUCCUUUAAGAUGGACAACAUCAUCAAGCCACUAUUCUCUCGCAAUCCGCCCUUCACCCACUGCCAAGCCACUGAUGCAGCACCAAACAGCAAGGAGGAGGAGGAGAGGAACAGCAGAAGCGCCGUUUGCCCCUCGUGGCCGUCAGCAGGGGCAGUGCGAGUGGAGCAGCUGACAGUGCGGUAUGGCAGUUCAGGGCUGGCAGUGCUGCGCAGCUUGAGCUUUCAGCUCGCAGGGGGAGAGAAGUGCGGUGUGGUGGGGCGAACAGGAAAAUCCACCCUCAUGCUCGCGCUGCUGCGGUUGGUGGAAGCGUCUUCGGGGAGCAUUCACAUCGAUGGUGUGGACAUUGCAUCGCUGCCCCUCGCCACCCUGCGAAGCAAGCCAGCACAGCAGCACAGUGACGAGGCCCUGUGGUCGGUGCUGGCAACGGUGCACCUAAAGCCGCUGGUGGCGGGGCUGCUGGGGGGGUUAGAGGGUGCCCUGGCUCAGGGCGGGGGGAACCUCUCCCUGGGGCAGAGGCAACUGCUCUGCCUCGCAAGAGCGUUGCUGGCAUCAACACGCGUGUUGCUGAUGGAUGAAGCGACAGCGAGCAUGGAUGGGGAGAGCGAUGCAGCGAUCAAAUCCAUCCUGCGGGAGUCAUUCAAGCACAGCACCGUCAUCACCAUUGCACACCGGCUCUCCACGGUUCUUGAUUACGACCAGGCAAGUCAGAAGAGUGUUGAAUGUGCCCCUUGCUCACGUCCAUGUAUGUGUGUGCGCACACCCAUCAUGCCCACGUCUGUGAGUGCAUGUGCGCACACCUUCGUGCCAACGUCUGUGAGUGCAUGUGCGCACACCUUCAUGCCAACGUCUGUGAGUGCAUGUGUGCACACCUUCAUGCCAACGUCUGUGAGUGCAUGUGCGCACACCUUCAUGCCAACGUCUGUGAGUGCAUGUGCGCACACCUUCGUGCCAACACCCUACGCACGCACACCCCACGCCUCCUUACGCGUGUCCUCCCUUGCUGAAGCCGGAACCUUCAUCUUCGUGGUGAAGGCCAGUUCAUCGCCUUCGAUCGACUCGCAUGACUCAUCACUCUCAGACCGCUUCAAGUCCGACUUCUCCGACUCUCUCACGAUCAGCCGCUUGAUGAACGGCGGGAAGAACGGCCAUAGUCGUUGCCGGAGCUCGGGCAGCCGCCAAUCGUCGCACGUGACUACCCCGCGGCAGAUCGACGCGCCGCAGUGGCAACUGAAAUUAUCGCUGCUGGUGCGGACGACGCCUGCGUUCGCGCUACCGUAG